AGAGUUGCCGGCUUAUCUGGCGUUUGUGAGUUCUGUGGUACGAGGAUUCCCUGGAGGCGGAGCGGGAAGAUAGAGAACGAGAGGGCUGAGCUCUGCUCGGCUUGCCAGGGCGCCUGCGGGCGCGGCUUAGUCCCAGUACUCGCUGGCUGUCAGUCGCCAGGGUGGGAAAGUGCGCAGAGGGCGGGUCCUGGCGAUCCUGCAUCUGCGAGGCUCCUGCUCUUCAGAAGCCGCCAAAGCAACUUCUGUGGAAAAAGCCCUUUUAUUUUUCUCCUCAGAAAUGAAUUUUUGCCGGAGUAGUUGGAGUGACCAGCGUUAUAAAGCUUGCGAUUUCAGCGCCUCUGGUGAGAGAGUGCCACUGUCCACUGAAAUUCAUCAGCUGCACUAAAGCAAUGCUUGCCUCAGUGAAAGGAGUAUUCAUGCAGACUUCCGUGUUACAGGAUGGCAGCUCCUGAUUCAUCCCAUGGUCCUUCAGAGGACUCAGUCUGCCUUCAGGAAGAAAAAGUCUCAGCAGAAAUGAUGUUGGUUGAUUGCCUGACAGAUUAUCAGGAGUCAGUGAGCUUUGAGGAUGUGAUUGUGGACUUCACCCAAGAGGAGUGGACCUCACUGAACCCAGAUCAGAGGAACCUCUACAGAGAAGUGAUGCUGGAGAACUUCCAGAACCUGGCCACAGUAGGUUAUCAGCUCAUCAAACCCAGUUUGAUUUCUUGGUUAGAACAAGAAGAGUUUAGUAAAGGUCAGAAGAUAGUUUUCCCAGAAUGGAAAAUACAGCUUGAAACCAAAUGUUCAGCAUUCCAGCAGGAAUUUUUGAGGGGUGACAUAUCCAGUGGAAUGCAAAUGCAGACAGGAAUCAACAGAGGAAGGGAGCUCUGUGAUGGGGAGCAAUAUGGAGACUUCGUCAGUGAACUCUCACCCCUUAGGACAGAUAUGAAAACUCAGCCAGCACAGGAAAGCUAUGGUUGUAGUGAGUACAGAAAAGACUUUCUAAUGCUUCAGAGGAAAAACUGUGUUGGUGAGAAACUUUCUGAGUUCAGUCAGAGUGAAGAAACCAGCAUGACCUCAGUUAAAGCUUAUGAGAAAAUUGCCACACAAGAGAAAGAUUUUGAAUGCAGUGACUGUGGGAAGUCCUUUAUGAGUCAGUCACACCUUCAGACACACCAGAGAAUUCACAGUGGAGACAAACUUUAUGAGUGGAAUGAAUGUGGGAGAAGUCUUAUAAACUCAAGACUUGCUGUGCUUAUAGAAACUCUCAAUGCAAAGAAACCUUACAGAUGUAAGGAAUGUGGGAAAGGCUAUAGAUACCCUGCGUAUCUAAACAUUCACAUGCGAACUCACACUGGUGAAAAGCCUUAUGAAUGUAAGGAGUGUGGGAAAGCCUUCAAUUAUUCCAAUUCAUUUCAGAUACAUGGAAGAACUCACACAGGAGAGAAACCCUAUGUUUGUAAUCAGUGUGGGAAAGCUUUCACGCAGUACUCAGGUCUCAGUAUACAUGUAAGAUCUCACAAUGGAGACAAGCCCUAUGAAUGUAAGGAGUGCGGGAAAGCCUUCCUUACAUCCUCGCGACUUAUUCAACAUAUAAGAACUCACACAGGAGAAAAGCCUUUUGUGUGUGUGAAAUGUGGGAAAGCCUUUGCUAUCUCUUCAAAUCUUAAUGGGCAUCUGAAAAUGCAUGCCGAAGAGAAGACCUGUGAGUGCAAGAUUUGUGGGAAAGCAUUUGGGUAUCUUUCAUGUCUUAAUAAUCACAUGAGAACUCACAAUGCUAAAAAAUCAUACACGUGCAAGGAGUGUGGGAAGGCCUUUAACUAUUCCACCCACCUUAAAAUUCACAUGCGAAUCCACACUGGAGAAAAACCCUAUGAGUGUAAACAGUGUGGGAAAGCCUUCAGUCACUCCACUUCAUUUCAGAUCCAUGAAAGAACCCACACUGGAGAGAAGCCCUAUGAAUGUAAGGAGUGUGGGAAAGCCUUCAUCUGUCCCAGUUCCUUCAGGAUUCAUGAAAUAAGUCACACCCACACUGAAGAGAAACCCUAUAAGUGUCAGCAGUGUGGAAAAGCCUACAGUCAUCCUCGUUCACUUCGCAGACAUGAAAGAACUCACUAGAGAGAAGCCUAGUUGAUUGAAGCAAUGUGAGAAAGCCCUUAUUUGUGCUCAUUUACUUUGAAGACAUGAUGGUACUCACACUGAAGAGAAACUAUUACAAUUAGAUGCUGAGCUUAGAGCAGUGUUGUGUUGCCACACUGAGCAACACAAAUACUCCAUGUCAAAAAAUUAAAGCAGAUGUUGGCAAGAUGGCUCAGUACAUUCACUUGAUGGGAAUGUCUGACAACUUGAAUUUGUUCCACACCCUGAUAAAACAGACAGAUGUAGUGGCUUACAUCUGUAUUCUCAGCAUUCCUACAAGAUCACCUGGAAGCUUGCAGGCCAGCUAGUCUAUGCAGCAUGGCAGAGAGGAAGACUCAACAAGGUAGAAGACUUUAUGCCUUAAAGCUGUCCUCCAAUCUCCAUGUGUCUGCCCCACCCUCCCAUAUAGACCACAGUAAUACAAAAAUGUUUAAAGAAUUGAAAUGAGAGCUGUUGAGAUGACUCAGAGCCAAAAGCAUUCUCCAUACACUCCUGACUACCUGCUUUCUAUCCCUGGAUCCCACAGUAUAAGAGAGAAUUGGCUCCUAAAAGCUGCCCUCUGCCCUCCAUAUGAAUGCUGUGGCAUGCACCCCCCCAAUAAUACUACAUUUUAAAAAUUCAAGUGAGGAACUGUAGAGAUGAUUCAAACAAUUACAAGCACCUGCUGCUGUUGCAGAGGGCCAAGCUUCAGUUCCCAGCACUCACCUGGUAGCUUGUAGGCAUCCAUAGAAGUGACUAUUGUCCUCAAGAAGUUAAGAUGCUGCAGGAUGCACACAGAGAAGACCAUGGAAACUUCAGACAGCUUUCUGCAGAUGGGGAGAAGUGGCUAUCAUAAGUGUUUCUACUAAGGCCUCCAGAGGAAACUACCUGAGUUAUGCUGAUGUCUGAUUUCCAGCCUCCAGAUUGUAAGAAAUAAAUAACCGUGUUUAAGCUA